AUGGCGGACGGGGAGCGAUCGCCGCUGCUGCCGCCCGAGGCGGGGCCGGGGCCGGGCGGGGCCGCGGCCUCCGGCGGCGGGGGGCCGGGUCCCGGCGAGGGCCCGCCCCCUUACUCGCCAUUGGGCAGCCCCGAGGGCGUGGGGGCGGGGCCCCCGGCGGUCACGUGCCGCGUGUGCCAGCGGCCAAUCAGCGUCGAGGGCAAGACGCAUCAGCACGUGGUGAAGUGCGGGGGGUGCGGUGAGGCCACGCCAAUCCGAACGGCCCCUGGCGGGAAGAAGUACGUGCGGUGUCCGUGCAACUGCCUGCUGGUGUGCAGGGCCUCGGCCCAGCGCAUCGCCUGCCCGCGGCCAUACUGUAAGAGGAUCAUCAACCUGGGCCCGGUGCAGACGGGGGCCCCCAGCCCUGACCCGCCCCCCGGGGGGGUGCGCGUGGCCUGCGCCCACUGCGGGGGACCCUUCCUGUGGGCGGAGCUCCCCGACCGCUCCCUGGCGCGCUGCCCCCACUGCCGCAAGGUGUCUGCCAUUGGCCGGCGGUUCCCACGGCGACGCUGCCUCUGCUGCCUGCUGGGGGCGCUGCUGAUGGGCGGGGCCGCAGCCGGACUGGCGGCUGGAACGUGGUGGCUGUGGCGCCGGGCGCGGUGGGUGCCGGCGGCGUGGGCGGUGCUGGGGGCGGGGGCAGGGGCGUGUCUGCUGCGUGCGGCCUAUUGGGGCUGCGUGCGGGUCAGCCAGCCCCUCCCCCCACGCGCCUGA